UUGGCGAGAAUAAACUUUUGUUUGGACAAAGAAAAUACAGAUCUCUCUAUCCAACAUCCUAAAACCGAAUAUUUUAGCAUAAUAAUAAUAUUCUUCUCAUCUCAUCUGCCAAAUGGAUGACCCGAAACCUGAUCAAUCUUCAGAUAAGGGUUUGGAAGCACCCAAUGUGUUGGAGGUGCGUACUGGAAAACACCCAUCACAUAAUAAGGAAACUCACGGGAUGCGUGAUGAUAUCGAUGUGAAUACGCCCAUUGGUGAUGUCAAAGGUCCUAAUGUGUUUGAAAGAGUAAAAGAGGAAUUUGAGGCUAUCAAGGAAGCCAUUCAUUCACACAAAGAAUCGCCUUCUAGUGCUCGCAAGGUUGAUACGGCGUUUUCAGGAUCUAAACAUGAGAAGCAAGGCUCAUUUGCAGAAGAACAUAUGGGGAGUCCCAGUAAAAGUAGUCACCAUAAAGAGACACAUGGGAGGGGGGAUGAUAUUGAUGCUGACAUCCCAAUCAGUGAAUUCAAAGGUCCUAGCAUAUUUCAUCGUGCUAAAGAAGAGAUUGAGGCCAUUGUUGAUACUAUUCAUUCUAAGAAAGAAUCUGAUGACCAGGAUACUCCAUCACCAAAGAAGGAGGGUGGAUUCCGAGCUGCAGUUAAGCAAAAGCUACAUAGAAUUAGUAAGCAUGAAUGAGGGUUUUUGAACACUUCAGGUCCUCAAUAAAACAAUGCGUCAGGAUGCAUGAACACAUUGUUAGGACUCGACAGACUUGUCUAAUACUAAUUGUCAAGUUUGCAACAAUGGUUACAUAUGCUUCGGCAAAUCAGCUUGUAGCACCUUGUUUUAUUUGCAGCAGGGCUGGCAAUGGGCUGAGCGUGCAUUCAACAUGUAGAUACUUCUAUAUUAGCAAGUAAUGGAGUCUAAGUGAAUUUUCUUGCAA